AGGUAGCAGCUACACAAAUAGCAACGCAGUUACUAUAGUGCGUGUAUCGUGUGUUUACGAGAGCAUAGAUACCGAAAAUCGCUACCCACAUUCAAGGACCGCGUAAUUUUCCUUCUUCCAUCAUAAAUAUUGCAGAAGAAGUUCACUACGCCUCGCAGUUGAACAACCUCCUCCACAAACAAACCAGAAUCCCCACUCCUGUUCACAGACGAUUCCCGUUUUACUGGCCUGCUGCGUGUAUAUCGUUCUAUACAGUGAGAGUGCGAAUUGCAUAACCGCUUCUAACCACCACAUCACGUAGACACCGGCCUUCCUUUUCGUGUUAGGAAAAAAAGAUAUCGAACCUCUUCUCGUCUAACAAAAUGUCGAUCGCUACCUACGAAGAAGUCCUGGAUCUCCCGAACCAUCCGGAGAAGGUGCUCAUCGAUGUGCGUGGUGCAGACGAACUUGCCGCCACUGGUCAAAUUCCUACCAGCAUCAACAUUCCACUGCCAACACUGGAGCAGGCUUUGAACCUUUCGGCUGAUGAGUUCAAGGCUAAGUUCGGUCAUGACAAGCCAAGUCCGGACCAGGAGGUGAUCUUCCACUGUAAACUUGGUGGAAGGGCGCAGACGGCCGCCGAUCUGGCUACUCGCCUCGGAUACACCAAUGCCCGCAACUACAAGGGAUCCUGGACUGAAUGGGCUGCCAAGCAGGGGCUGUAAAUUUAGGUAUGCGCUCAAAUCCUCAGCAAAGCGAUUUUGAUAUAAGAUGAACAUUCCGUGAAUAAAAAUUGAUAAAUUACUACAAA